AUGAAUAAGAAGUUUCCUGACAAUGUAUGGUUUAACAUUCAAAGAAUUUAUAAUGGUAGAAAAACAGAUAGAAACAGAUACCAUGACCAUACCUCACUUAUUAAAUAUGCCAUCAACGAAAGCAGAUAUAGGCCGCUUUUUCAUCCAUCUUAUUUACCGGUUGUUGAUCCUAUAAGUAAGCGCUUGGCUAAGGAUAAAAAUAACACCAAAGGCACACCAUUAGACAGCAAUAAGCUCUUACACCACGUAUUGUGCAAGCCUGCAAAACGUUUAUUCCUAAAGAUUGUAGGGGUUAGAUCAGGCAUGCUGAAGGGAAAAAUGCGUACAGAAAGAAGAGGGCCUAAGAUAGUUCAUUGA